UGCUACGCUUCCCUUCCCUUCCUUCCGAUUCUUUCUUGAAUAAUGCUCUCCGAUCACGCUUUUUCGCCCACCGGACGGACCAAGUUGAUCACCGAAGCUUUGGUGUUUGCGAUAGUCAACACGUGGUUGCGUUUUUUCAACUAUUUCGUAGCGGCUCCGGAACAGUUGAGUUCGGGGAUUCAACCACAGCCGAGUCCCGAGACUGUUUCAUGAGGACUGAUGACAUGUACAAUCAGCGAACCGUUACUGGACCAUGUGUUGAGAAUCGUUUUACGCUUUCGGUUGAAGCUAUUGGAAAACCGCAUAGGUUGAAUUGAAGACCCGAUUGCAACUUCGAGGGGUUGUCGGAGCGACUGUGAAGCUCUACUAGGACGUUGAUUCUGCUCCAGCUGAUGUACUGCAGAUUCGUACUGGGUUACUGUGGUGGAGGCGGAGUUGAACGUACUGCACUGACGAAGUGGGCGUGAUCGGACGUAGGAGUUAAUGGAUUUUAAAGCUGUUUAGGUUUUUGCUGCUAUGGUGUUGACUGCACUUUCGGUGAUUUCGGUAGACGCCAGUAGAGAGCACAAGGAACUUCACGUACCUGCGAUUUUUGUAUUUGGUGAUUCAUUAGCUGAUGCCGGAACCAACACUUUCAUUCCCCAAGUCACAGUCAGAGCCGACUUUCCACCUUACGGCAAGACGUUCUUCUGGAAACCCACAGGACGAUUCACAAAUGGCCGCACCAUUGUCGAUUUUAUAUCUCAAAAAUUGGAGCUCCCAUUUGCACCACCUUUCUUGCAGCCUCACGCUUCCUUCAUCAAAGGGGUCAACUUCGCCUCAGGCGGGAGCGGGCUCCUAGAAUCCACCAGCGAAGAUCGUCAUGUUGUGUCGAUGAGCGCCCAAGUUCAACUCGGCGCUACACAAGAUCUGUGCAGCCGCCCCUACAAGUCCCAAUUCUGGGAUUGGGCGCACCCAACAGAGCAUGUGGUAUCUAUCCUCGCCGACUUGUUGAUCACCGGCAAUACGACUAUGGCAUACCCUAUCAACUUAAAAGCGUUGGCAGCUCUGUAAAGGAUUGUUCGUCAUUUGUGAGGGAUAGAAUGCCAAGACAUCAAAGCGGAUACUUGGAAAGAAGCUCAAGAAUCUGCUGCAAUGCCCCGUCGGGUUUGCCUUAGAAUGCUCUGGCUGAUACUGCUACCUUCCAGUGUGAACGCACAUUAGUUGGUUCUGGUUUCGGACCGGUGUGUACAUUUUCUUUCUUUCUUUAUAUAAAAGAGUUGCUAUGGUCUUUUUCACAAUGAUCAUGACAUUGACAAGAAAUAUCACAUUCUA